CGCGCGCCGCAUAUUCUCUGCUGCUGUUCACUUCACCCGCUCCGUGCGCCGCCGAACACCGCCGCCAGCCUCACUCCACCGAAUAACGGCAGCGAGCCACCGCCCGCCCACCAGCCCCCCAAAAUGCCCGCGAUGUUGGCGGCGCAGUUUACGGGCCUCCCUCUAUCCCAGUCACCUGCGCCACAGCCCAGCUUCCGCCUUGGCCUCCGGCCUUCGCCGGCGGUGAGGGCUCGCUCUCUCGCUCCGCGGGUCGCAGCCUCUGCGGCCGCCGUAUCGGCUAAACCGGCGGCGGAGGCUCCCCCGGUUGCGGACCGCACCGUCGUCCGUAUCGGGCUCCCCAGCAAGGGUCGCAUGGCCGAGCAAACCCUAAGCCUCCUCAAGAGUUGUCAAUUGUCAGUGAGACAGCUCAACCCGCGGCAGUACACUGCGGAUAUCCCACUGAUUCCAAACUUGGAGGUUUGGUUUCAGAGGCCCAAGGAUAUUGUUCGUAAACUGCAGUCGGGGGAUCUUGACCUUGGUAUUGUGGGUUUUGACAUAGUCAGUGAAUAUGGGAAGGGAAAUGAGGAUUUAGUAGUUGUUCAUGAUGCUCUUGAGUUUGGACAUUGCCGUUUGUCCCUUGCGGUACCUAAGGAAGGCAUUUUUGAAAAUGUAAAUACUCUAGAGGAUUUGUUAAAGAUGCCUGAAUGGACAGAAGAAAGGCCGCUACGUGUUGUUACAGGAUUUGGAUAUCUAGGUGAUAAGUUCUUGAGAGAGAAAGGUUUUAAGCAUGUUCACUUUUUAUCUGCUGAUGGAGCUCUUGAGUCAUAUCCUCCCAUGGGUAUGGCUGAUGCUAUUGUGGAUCUCGUGAGUAGUGGGACGACCUUGCGUGAGAAUAAUUUGAAGGAAAUUGAAGGUGGUGUGGUUGUGGAAAGCCAGGCCACUCUUGUAGCGAGUAGGAAAUCUCUGCACAAGCGUAAAGGUGUGUUGGAGAUUACUCAUGAGUUGCUUGAAAGAUUAGAAGCUCACCUCAGAGCAACUGCAGAGUUAAUGGUCACAGCAAACAUGAGGGGCAACAGUGCAGAAGAAGUGGCAGAGAGAGUUCUUAGCCAGACAUCACUAUGUGGAUUGCAGGGCCCGACUAUAAGUCCUGUCUACUGCAGACGUGAUGGCAAGGUUGAUGUGGAAUACUAUGCUAUUAAUGUAGUUGUUCCACAAAAGUUGCUUUACAAGUCUAUCCAACAAUUGAGAUCUAUUGGUGGCAGCGGAGUCUUAGUAACAAAGCUGACCUACAUCUUCGACGAGGAGACGCCAAGGUGGCGCAAUCUCCUCUCAGAGCUGGGGUUGUAGCUUGGCGCAUGGUCAGCUUCGGCCCUCUCACAACGUCCUCUGUUCUGCACCGCCCUAUUUGGUCCUUUACUGAAGCAUGUAAAAGCAUAUGCAGAAGUGAGCUGUCGUCUGGAAUAUCUGUCGGUGCACCUCUUCGGAAAAUUUUGGUCUGUACCGUCGUGUAUUGUGGCGCAGCUGUUUAUCUCCAGGCAUCUGUUGGACUUGGACCGUCCGUGUUCCCACCGGUGUGUUCAUAGCGGGUGUGUGUGCGUGUGUAGUAUUUGUUGUGUGGGUGUGCCUGACUUUGCUCACUGUGGCGCCGAAUAAUCGGCCAUGUCAUGUUUGAAUAAAGAAAGCCGGUAGGGUUCGUCA